AUGUCGAACUCUCUUCUUAGCUACUCCAAGCUCGUCCUAUCUGAGGACCGCGACUCCGAAAGCGGCCCUCCUCACGAGAAGAAGUCGGCAACAAAUCCCGUGCACUCCGAUACGAGCCAAGUCGAGCAUUCUUUGCGGACGACGCGAUCAAGCCCGACGCUCGCUCUCAUGAAACGUGUGCGCCCAACAGGAUCAUGGGCGGCGUUAGCCCUGAUGCUCGGCUCAUACGUCGCCGCCGUCGCCAUCGUCAUAUGCCACCACAUCGUGCUCAAUAUAUUUAACGGGAAGAGUGUCGGUGACUACUUCAUCUCUCAGACGUGGGUUCGAGAUAUAGGCAACGCCUUGUCUCACGGUAUUCAGCUACUAUUGGAGACAUCCGUCGGUGUCGCCUUAACCCAAAGCAUCUGGUUCUGCGUCAGGCGGUAUGCCGCAACUUUGCCUGAACUGGACGACAUCUAUUCUCUUCCUUCUCUGUUCGGGAUGACCUUUACGGUCUUGAGGCUGAACACAGUGUAUCUUUUCCUGCUGGCGGUCAUCAUACAAGCCAGGUCUCUUGUCAGUAUCUUUGCGCCCAAUGCUCUAUCGCUUGUUCCCGCCGAUGUCGUCACCUCUUCUUUAAGGGUUCCCGUCCCGGACCUCGAUAUGAUACCUGCGAAUGACAGCGCAGUGUUCCUGCAGGCAUUGACGAGGAUCUCAUCUCCGGUUUUCAACGGCAGUCUUGACGGCAGCCUCGCGCGAAGAUUUGUAACGGGGUCCCUGACGACCGAUAACAAUACGUUUGUGUAUAUCUCCCCGUCUUCGCGGUUCAAGCAAACGGCACAGAAUGUGAUCAAUACCGGGGCCAUUUUGCCCUGGGAAGCGCCCGCGGGAUGUGGGCUUGCAUGCAACUACUCUGUGACGUACCGUGCUCCAUCGUUGCGAUGUCAAGACAUCCCGCAGACCUCCAUCGAAAUGGUCGUUCUGACUUCCGAUCAGGAGGCCAAUUCGUCGUAUUCUUCGCCGCUUCUUGAACAGCGAGCUCUCGCAGACUCUGUUCCCACGGCAUACAUCUCUCCAUCCUCUCUAUACAACGCGUCGACGACCUUGGGAUAUAUAAAUAACUCGGACCAGAAUGUCGGUCCAGUCUUCAAGCCGACGUUGGACAGCACACCCUACUCGCUCUCUGUUCUGUAUGCGGUUGCACCCUUCGAUAUGGCCACUACAAGCGACGCGUUGCCGAAUGAAGGCACCGCCAGCGUGAACGCUGUGGCCGGCUCGUAUUGCGUAUUCUACAACGCGACGUAUGGUGCCUCCAUCUCGUUUUCCAACGGGACACAGAAGACCGUCGUGCGGGUCAUAGAGCACGGAGAUCCUUACCCUGGAGCGCUCAAUGGAUCCUUCCCACUACUCAUUGAUGUCACCUCCUCUCAUUCUUUCCCCAUCGAUCCCACGUCACAAGGUGCUGCGGCUACGCUGGGGAUCAUCGACGCGUUGUCGCGGUAUCUGACCGGCAGCGUAUCAUUCACGCAAGACCUCGGUUUCAUACCCCUCGGUACCCAGGUUCUAGACUCCUCCCUCUUCACAGUGCAGACGAACAAUCAGACAGCCACAAUGUCCAUCGCACAAGUUCGUAAUCUUACUCUUGCUCUGGAAGACGUCUGCACGAACUUGACGGCCUCCCUCAUGUCAAUAACAGUAGGACUUGGAACUUAUUCCACCGUCGAGGCUUCCGUUCUCCCGGACAAGACGGUGUACAAGUACCAGCCUUACCGCCUGUGGCUCGUAUACGGGAUAGCGCUCUUCGUAGCGCUAGUGGCUGACCUCUUCGGCCUGGCGUGUUUGCGCUCAAAUGGAGUCGCGAUGCAGCGCAAGGUCUCGUGCAUUGCGGCGUCGAUGCGCGCUCCAGAGCUCAAUGAGCUUCUUAGCGGGCCGGAGGAGCCCCCGCGCGAGGCUUCGAAGAUAGCCAAGCUGCAAUACUGUGUUGGGGAAGGUGAUUCAGGGGAAGUGUCUGGGUUUCACGUCGUGGAUGGAAGAGGUGAAGUGGAACGGCGAGAGGCAACCAGUGGCUUGAACCGAAAGAAGCGGUGA